AAUUUCAUCUUCUCUUGGGUUCUGAUUGUCUGCGGUGAAAGAGAACCCUCAAGACAGGCUCCACGGAGCGGAGAGAGAGAGGGAGGGAGAGAGAGCACCGAUGGGCGAAAGCAAGCAGCUGCCUCCGGAAUACGAUCUAGGGGCGAAAUGGGACGCCUGCUUGGACGCUGGGAUUCGUAGAGUCGUCUACUCUUCCUUGGCGGGCGCGUUCGGCGGCCUCGUCUUCUUCCGGAGUCCUGUGACAAGAUGGGCAGCUGUAGCUUUUGGCGCUGGUGUGGGUAUUGGAACAGCAUAUAAGGAGUGCUCUUAUAAGUGUGGUGAUUGUCCAAUGUUCCGUGUUCCAUCAACAAAACCUCCUAGACCUGCUUCAGAGCCUCUCCAAGUUGAGCACGGGCAAGAGUCAGAAGGUUAACUUUUACUGCUGCUGCUGCUGGAUUAGCUGUAUUGUCUGGAAUCUUGCCAAUGAUGCAUAACAAUGGUGGAGAAAACAUUUUUUUCCUGUCUUAAUUGGUUUUAAGAAAUGUAGAGACAUUCACUUGGAGAACAUUUUUUGCAAAAUGAAUAGCGUCAGAUUUCCAACUUUUGUGUUACUUUGGAUUCGCAAAAUAAACACAAAUGCUUGUGCAGUGAGGAUGAAAUGCCGAGGCUCGACUGAGAUUCUCUCUGCAAACUCUGUAUCAGUCAUCUUUUAUUCGCAUAACGCUUGUAUUGUUACCUUGGUAUGCAUGUUGAUGUUGGGGAACCUCACCUAAUAGAUUGAAGAAAGGAUCAGUGGUAGCUCGUUGGCUCCUGUUUCCAUUUGAUUAUGAUUUCGUUGGGCAUCUUUUUGACUUCUGUUGCCAUAUGAUUAUGAAAUUUGUUGGUUGUAAAUUGGAUUCAA